UCUGCGCGUGGGGGCAUGCCUGAGCAGCCGAUGCGAAGCCCCAAUCCCCUCCACACACUUCUUCUCGCAGAAAUCUUUCUGGCCGCAAGAAGAUGAGGGCGAAAGUUGAGACAAUCCCAAUAAAAGAUCGCUGAAUUUUGCCACACAAUCACACAUGCGCGCACGGGAAAGCAAGAGCCUUUCUUUUUUUUCGAUCGAGCGGCCGAGCCUUUCUAGCGUCCAGACAGCGCGGCUGCCGCAUUUCGAGGCUGGAGUUAUUAAAUAAGAAAGAAAAGGGGCAAGCAAUUUCUUUUCUGUAGCGAGGAGAGGAGAUCGGGGGAGGGAGGCUUUGUCGUCGGCAAUGGAGAUGGCUCUCUGGGCGCACAGCCCGCUCUGCUCCCGGGGUCGGCCGGUGCUCGUCGUCCGGCCGGCCGCCGUCGCCACUGGCCUCGCGCAGUCCAUCAUAAGGUGCAGCAGACUUACAAGAGGCAGGCUUGUCCGAUGCAUGGCAUCAAGUUCAGAUUAUCCUAGGAGGAAUCCAAGGAGAACAUCGACCCCUAAGCCUAAAGGCACUGCUUCUAGAGGGUAUGCCUCAAGACCUACUGCGGAAUCCAGCACGAAGAAGAUAGAACAAAGCAGCACCGAUGAAGGUGAUCUUAGCAGAAGCAAUGGGACACUCCGUGGCGAAGCAACAGAGCAGACAAGUACUGCAGAAGAAUCUUCUGAGGUGGAAUUGCCAGGAAACGUUUCGAGCAGUGCAAAAAAGGAGGAGGUGGAUGCUGAUGAGGAAGUUGGGACCAAAGAAGAGGCUGACCAAAAUCAAUCUUCAGCUUUGUCUUCCACAUCCAUGGAUGAUGAAUCAAUUGACAGAAAACUUGAUGAGUAUCGUGGUAAAAUAAGUGCACUAGUAAGUUCAAAACCUGAACCUUCAUCACUUGCGAGUGUUCGUGGACAAGACCAAUCAGUCGUGGGUGUUCCCAAAGAAAGCCAGUCGUUCUUUGAGGCCAUCGGAGGAUAUCCAGCAAAAGAAACCAUCAUAGUUAGUGGACAGGAUAUCACUGAAGCAGCAGAAGAAAAAGCAACCAGCAAGAAUAUUGAGAGAGAACAAUUUGAUUUGUCAGAAGAUGGGGUGGGGAUUAGUAGUGAUGCAGAGGAAGAGCUUCCGGUUGCUGAAGAUGAAUUGAGGAUAACCAGAGAUCAAGAACAAUAUGAACCAGAUAUGCAAGCACCAGUAGAGGAUGCCGUGGAUCCAGAAGUGCUAGUGAGGAGGCUUGAAAAGCUUGCUGAUGAGAAUUAUUCGAUUGGGAACAAGUGUUUUGUUUUUCCUGAAGUAGUGAAGGCUGAUUCGAUGAUCGAUGUUUACUUAAAUCGUAGCAUGUCAGCCUUAGCUAGUGAGCCUGAUGUUUUUAUAAAAGGAGCAUUCAAUGGAUGGAGAUGGAACCCUUUCACUGAAAAAUUGCAUAAAAGCGAAUUAAGAGGGGAUUGGUGGUGUUGUAAACUCUACAUUCCCAAGCAGGCAUACAGAUUAGACUUUGUAUUCUUUAACAGUGGCACUGUCUAUGAAAACAACAAUUAUAAUGAUUUUUUCCUUGAAAUAGAAAGUGACACAGAUGAACACUCAUUUGAGGACUUCUUGGUUGAAGAAAAGCGAAAGGAACUUGAGAGGCUUGCUGCAGCAGAAGCUGAAAGGAGAAGACAAGCUGAGGAGGAGCGCAGGAGGGAGGAAGAAAGGGCUGCAAUGGAGGCUGACAAGGCACAAGCUAAGUCUGAGAUUGAGAUGAAGAAGAGUAAAUUGCACCAGACAUUGAGUUUGGCCAGCAGAUAUGCUGAUAACAUAUGGUACAUAGAACCAAACACUUAUAGAGGAGGGGACAGGGUUAGAUUGUACUAUAACAGAAGCUCGAGACCUCUAAUGCAUAACACUGAGAUUUGGAUGCAUGGAAGUUACAACAACUGGAUCGAUGGACUCUCAAUUGCUGAAAGACUUGUCAAGUCAUAUGAAAAAGAUGGUGAUUGGUGGUAUGCAGAUGUUACAUUACCCGAAAGGGCAUUGGUUUUGGACUGGGUUUUUGCUGAUGGGCCACCUGGGAAUGCAAGGAAUUAUGAUAACAAUGGACGGCAAGAUUUCCAUGCUAUUGUUCCAAAUAACAUAUCAGAGGACCUUUUUUGGGUGGAAGAAGAACAUAGGAUCUUUAGACGGCUUCAGAAAGAGCGAAGAGAAAGGGAGGAUGCGGAUCGAAUAAAGGCUGAGAGAUCUGCAAAAUUGAAAGCUGAGAUGAAGGAUAAGACUAUGAGGGCGUUUCUGCUCUCACAGAAACACAUCGUGUACACUGAGCCACUUGAAGUACGUGCAGGAACCACUGUGGACGUGCUUUAUAAUCCUUCUAACACAGUGCUGAACGGAAAGCCAGAGGUUUGGUUCAGAUGUUCCUUUAACCGUUGGACUCAUCCAAGCGGUCCCUUACCACCGCAAAAGAUGGUGAAUGCAGAGAAUGGUUCACACUUACGAGCAACAGUCAGGGUUCCCUUGGAUGCUUAUAUGAUGGACUUUGUUUUCUCUGAGUCGGAAGAAGGUGGAAUAUAUGACAAUAGGCAUGGGAUGGACUAUCAUAUUCCUGUGUCUGAUUCUGUUGCAAAGGAACCUCCUAUGCACAUUGUGCACGUUGCAGUAGAAAUGGCUCCUAUUGCAAAGGUUGGAGGUCUUGGCGAUGUUGUUACAAGCCUUUCACGAGCUGUUCAAGAUUUGGGCCACAACGUUGAGAUUAUUCUUCCGAAAUAUGAUUGUUUAAACCUAAGCAUUGUGAAGGAUUUACAUUACCGUCAAAGUUUUGCUUGGGGUGGUACAGAGAUAAAAGUAUGGUUUGGUAAGGUUGAAGACCUUCCUGUUUAUUUCUUGGAACCACAAAAUGGGAUGUUUUGGGUUGGAUGUGUCUAUGGGAAGAAUGAUGAGAGUAGAUUUGGCUUCUUCUGUCAUUCUGCUCUGGAGUUUCUCCUGCAGAGUGGAUCUUCUCCGGAUAUCAUACAUUGUCAUGAUUGGUCAAGUGCUCCAGUUGCUUGGCUAUACAAGGAACAGUAUGCUCUUAAUGGGCUGACAAACGGUCGGGUUGUAUUUACCAUCCACAAUCUUGAGUUUGGAGCACAUCACAUUGGCAAGGCAAUGACACAUUGUGAUAAAGCUACAACUGUUUCUGACACGUAUUCGAGGGAAGUGGCAGGACAUGGAGCUAUUGCCCCUCAGUCCUUCAAAUUCCAUGGCAUUCGAAAUGGAAUUGAUCCCAAUAUUUGGGAUCCAUAUACUGACAAGUUUAUUCCGGUCCAUUAUACAUCCGAGAAUGUUGUCGAGGGCAAGAGUGCUGCAAAAAAGGCAUUGCAGCAGAAGCUUGGAUUACAGCAAACUGAUACUCCUGUUGUUGGAAUCAUCACUCGUCUAACAGUCCAGAAGGGAAUCCACCUUAUCAAACAUGCAAUUUAUCGAACUCUCGAACGCAAUGGACAGGUGGUUUUGCUAGGUUCAGCUCCAGAUCCUCGCAUACAAGGUGACUUUACAGACUUAGCCAGUAAACUGCAUGGUGAAUAUCAUGGUCGGGCGAAGCUUUGUUUAACCUAUGACGAGCCACUGUCGCAUUUGAUAUAUGCUGGUGCGGACUUCAUUCUUGUUCCUUCCCUCUUUGAACCUUGUGGUUUAACUCAGCUUAUUGCUAUGCGAUAUGGAUCCAUCCCAAUUGUUCGAAAAACUGGAGGCCUUUAUGACACCGUAUUCGACGUGGACAAUGAUAAGGAUCGGGCUAAGGCACAAGGCCUUGAACCAAACGGAUUCAGUUUCGAAGGUGCCGACAGGAAUGGUGUGGAUUAUGCUCUCGACAGAGCAAUAACCACAUUUUACGACGCUCGCGAUUGGUUCAACUCCCUUUGCAAGAGGGUAAUGGAGCAAGAUUGGUCAUGGAACAGACCUGCUCUGGACUACAUGGAACUGUAUCAUUCUGCUCGCAAAAACUGAGACCUUAAUGACGGGGAGAACAGAUUUGGUUUUCCCAGGUUUCAAGCAUCAGUGAAUGUCCUUGUCGGUACCCAUUCUUUUGUCAAAAUAGCAAUGGGGAGAAAAGAAUACUGGCUUCUACAUCCCCGCCAUCCGUAACAGCUCACAGCCCUCUGCCCAGCGAUGGCUUGAGUUUACAACAACACUGCACAUUUUGUGGCACGCAAAAGCUCAUUCAGGUGAAAGAACAGUUUUGCAAACAUGUAUCUUUGUCGGGUGCAAAUAUCUUUUACAGUUCGUUAGUCUUUCAGAUGUACAUAUUUUGCAUGUUAAGCUGUAGAUUUUAGAGUCGAUGCUCUCUGUAGUUUCUGAAGACACAACUUCAUACUACCAAAUAGUAUAUGAUGGACUCAAUAACCUGCCUUCUCGUGUUA